GCCCGGAGAGGUCGUCUGUCCCGGGGCCCGGGCUGGCUCUCGGCGGCCCUGCGCCAAAAGUAAGUUGUGCGUAGAUCAUGUCAGAAAAACAGCUACACACUCAAUCCCAAUACGAAAACUCAAAAGAAAACAUAACAUACACAAAUAAUAAUGCAUGGCUCAAGCAUCUACGUAAAAAAUAGCAAUCAUUUUGCUUUAAAUUAGUUUCAUGACUGACAUUAUUCGCGCCUGUUAUGUUCCUGAGAUGACAACAAGUCAUCUUCUUUCAUCAAUAUCUACAGUGAGAAGCGACCUACGCCAAUAAUUGAUACACCGGUGAAGAGAGCGAUGUCUGUAGAUUUGUUAGACACCAAAUAUGUGUAGUAAAUAUGUACAGGUGGGGAGUUGUUGUGAGGAGAAGGCAGCCAAACAAACACAACUUUGCGCGUCAGGCGGCGCGGCAGACGUCGUCAGGCCCACAGGCGGGCGGUGCUGUCGUUGCGGCUCGCGCUGGGCCUAUAUAAGGACGCGGGGCGGCGUGUGCGUCAGUCCGCUGUCCUCACUCGCUGAGUUCACAUCGCACACAAGCUUCCAGAAAGUUCUCUCAGUCUCCUCAUCAUGGCCGACACUGCUACUGAUGUCUCUGCUGCCGCUUCUGCGUCCACUUCCAGCAAGAAAGCCGCCAAGACCAAGAAGCCAGCGAAACCCUCCGAACACCCGAAGUACAACGUCAUGAUCGCUGCAGCCAUCAACGCCCUGAAAGAACGAGGUGGGUCGUCACGCCAGGCCAUCCUGAAGUACAUCCAGGCCAACUACAAGGUGGGCAACGAGAUGGCCAAGAUCAACGCUCGCCUCAAGACCGCCCUCAAAGCAGGCGUCAAGGUCGGCACCCUCAAGCAGUCCAAAGGGACCGGCGCUUCCGGUUCUUUCCGUCUGGGCGAGAAGAAAGUCGUCGCCGCAGUCAAGCCAAAGAAAGCCAAGAAGCCAAAGGCCGCGGUCAAGAAACCCAAGGCAUCUCCCAAGAAGUCUGCUGCCAAAAAGCCUAAGGCUUCUCCCAAGAAGGUGGCUGUCAAGAAAGCCAAAGCUGCUGCCGGCACCAAAAAACCCAAGUCACCCAAGAAGGCAGCCGCCUCCAAGCCCAAGACUGCCAAGCCUACUGCAGUCAAGAAGCCAAAGGCCGCCAAACCAUCUGCCAAGAAAGCCAAAAGCCCGGCCAAGAAGGCAGCCAAGCCCAAAGCAUCCAAGGCUUAAGGCUUGGAACAAAUUUCCUCAGGUUUUUUUUUUUUUUUAAACCUCAAACAUGGUCCUUUUUUAGGGACCACACGAUUUCACCAUGAGAGUGCAUCUCUCCUCGAAAGUUUGCAAAAAAUGGUAUUCUUCCCUCUUUCUUUCCACUGUAUUUUGUUUGUCUUUGUCUGCUAUGUAUGGCUUGUUAACACUUUUACUCCACGGAGUGGUAUAAGCUGUAGGUCUAUUACACUCGUCAUUUACAUGAGCGUUUACCAUCUCAAUAGCUGACUUGACAACUAUUUUUCAACGAUCUGACAGGCUGAGUUGCUUUGUUCUCCAGCGAUUUGUUUUCUUCUUGCGCAACGUCUUUGCUUUUCCGUAUCCAUAGAUUUCAUCGGCGCGAUCAGCGUGAACCCUUAACACCACCGUGUUC